AUUUACUAUCAUAAAUAUAUUUAAGAAAAUGUAAUUGAAUUUUCAGUUGAAGAAACUGAAAUAAAUUUUAAUUGUUUUAAGAAACAUUUUGAGACAGCGUAACUGAAAGUUUGUAAAAUUCAAUAACAUUCAAGACCAAGCCCGCUAACCCACCCACUCCCAAAUAACUGAGCAUCGCAAAGGUUGCAGGAUUGGCAGAUUUCAAACCCCAAGGGAACUCUAAAUACUUAGUCAAUUUUUGUUCUGCACCAGAUCAAACCCUCUAUUUUGUAUUUCCAUUCACUUUUUAUGUACACGGUAGUGUACACAAAUGUUGACCCAAAAAUCUAAGAACUAUUGGCUGGUAUACAAAACUGGCCAGUUGGGAAAAGGGCCACUGGGGUUCCCAGUCUUGGCUCAGGCGGAGGCCCCAGAGGGAGUCCCAAUGGCUGGAAGGUGGUGGCUUGAGAAAUAUUUAGUUCUCAAACAUUUUGGUCCCUCGACCCCUUUACCUUAUACUCUUAAAAUGACCGAGGACCCCAAAGAGAUUUGCUUUAUGUGGGUUAUAUUAUAUAGCUAUUGAUAUUUGCUGUGUUAGAAAUUAAAAUUAAGAAAUGUUAAGAUGUUUAGUUAUUUAACACACACAGACCCCCACACACACCCCGGAAGAUCCAAGGAGGACUCGGUGGUUGUCUGGCUCCUUCGGGGAACCGCAUUUGAUGGCCUGCAGCAUAAGAACAGCCCAAUAUGCUGGCUGGCCCCACGCAGUUGGCUACUGAACCCACUGAAGGCACGUGGCUGGGAAGGCGCUACUUGUGUUUUGUCUGAAUAGGUGGUCAGCUUACAAACCAACUUUCUUUUGAGAGGUUACUCUUUCAGCACCAAUGUGAGGCUUCUGGCAGGGAAUGAUACAAUAUUCUCUGUAUAUUUCCAAAACAGGAAAACAUUCAUAUGAAAUGGACAUUUUUAUCAGCUUUACAUCACUUCGAUGGCAGGAUGUAGCCCUUGUUAAUGCUAAAGUCAGCCAAACACGUUUUUAGGAAAUUUGACCUUUCUCUUAUGGAAAAGUAUAACAUCCCUGGAUCCUCUUCAAUUGACUGAAAAUCUUCCCUGCUAAACAAGCAAAAUAACUGCUAAAGAUAAUUGUUUUAAAACACUUUAAGACGACGCUGAGGCAAUGUAGAAGAAAUUGACCCGCAGUUUACGAUUUAAAAGGAAAAGGAAUAGAAUGACCGGAGCCUCCAUUCCGCCAGGCCUCCUGAGUGCCUGUCAGCCAGCACUCGGGACUUCCCUUCCCAGGGCUGGGCCUCAGAGGGAGAGAAACAGAAGCCAGCAGAGGCGAGUUUUUACCUGCUGAGCCAGGUCCAGUUCUAACCUUUGCAGCUCCCAGCCCACCUCGGAAACGUGACUGGGGGCGGAGGAGGAAGGAGCAGCCGCAGUGGGUCCUUCCCAAGGACACCGGCUGAGUACAAGAGAGCUCAGCUUAAGGAAGCCCCUGGACUGGACUGGAAGAGCCUCACUUGCAGGGGGAAAAACUUCAUGCUGACAAAGCCACUAUGAGGGAUUCUGUUCAGAUGGUGACCCUGUGGGGCAAAGAAGCCCCUCCCCACAGCAUCACAGCUAUCCUCAUCACCGAUGACCAGAGAACCAUCGUCACCGGGAGUCACGAAGGCCAAGUCUGUCUUUGGGACCUGUUGCCAGACCUCCAGAUGUCAUCAAGGCAGAUGCUUUUGGGGCACACAGCAUCAGUGACGUGUUUGGCAAAGGCAAGAGAUUUUGAGAAGCAAUCGUACGUGGUCAGUGCUACUGAGAACGGAGAGAUGAGCAUUUGGGACAUCACCAGUGGACGGUGUGUAGAGAAUACAAGGCUUCCAUUUCGGCACACAGCCAUCUGCUAUUACCACAGCUCAUUUCGCAUGGCAGGAGACGGCUGGCUGGUCUGUUGUGGGCAAUAUAACGACAUCCUCAUUAUUGAUGCGAUAACCCUAGUUGUACUUCACACAUUAACCUCUUCUUCCACUUCAGACUGGAUCAGCUGCAUGUGUUUGGUGCAUUCUCUGAGGAUUCAAGAGGAUUCUUUACUAGCCGUAUCUGCAGCAGGGGACCUUAAAGCCUGGGAUUUGUCAUCUUCGAUCAGCAGGAUACAGGAGAAGCAAAAGAUUUUUGAAAGAGAAUGCCAGCCUCUGGGCUGCACACCCUGCAUGGCAAUCCGAUUCUGCACUUAUACGGAGCGGCUGCUCUUAGUUGUAUUCUCCACCUGCUGGAAGGUGUACGAUUACUGUGACUUUUGCUUGCUGUGGACUGAGUUUAGCCCAAGCAGCCAGGCCUUGGCAGGAGGGGAAAUCCUGGCUGCCCACCGGUUGAUCAUUUGGACAGAAGAUGGGCAUGGCUACAUCUAUCAACUGGUGAACAGUGGGCUUUCACGGAGCAUCCAGCCAUCCAAAGGAAGGGUGCUGAAAGAAACCGUUCAUCCCGUUCUACUUUCUUCUACUGAGGUGCAAGGCAACAAAAGUUUUUCUUACGUCAUGGGCUUCAUGAACGAAAGGAAGGAACCCUUUUAUAAGAUUCUUUAUUCUGGACAAGCUUCUGGGAGGAUUACUUUAUGGCACGUUCCGGACGUCCCUGUUUCAACUCUAGAUGGCUCUCCAAAAGUGAUCCCAGUAGCAGCCUCCAGGACUCUGCAGGAUAACUUCAACUUCUACCAUCCGGUAGCUGAAGGUACCCCUGAUCGCCCCUGGGGAGCUCCCAUCACGGUUUCUACAUACAUCCCCAGCCUCCAGAAGUUGGUCUGUGGAUAUAAAGACGGCAGAAUUAUCACAGUACCAGCUUUGCAUGCGGCGAAGGCCAGACUGCUGGGAGAGGCUUCCGUGCAGAAAGACGCCGCGGCGGCACGCGUGCUGAGCGGCGCCAGCGGCAGCGGCGUGACGGCCCUGCUGGUGCUGCCCGGCCGGCAGACGCCUUGCUGGCUGCUCUCCGGGAGCCGGGACUCCUGCGUCGUCUGGUGGGACCUCUUCACCGGGGAAGCGCUGCACCGCUUCGCGCUGGACGCGGGGCCCGUCGCUCGCCUGGCCCUCUUGCCGGACAGUUGCAGGCGGAAAGGUCACCGCCUCGUAUGCUGCGUGUGUAGCGACCACUCCGUCGUACUUUUGCACGUGCAGGAGCGCGCCUGCCUUCUGCGUGCCAGGAAACACCUUUUCCCCGUGACGGCGUUACGGUGGCAGCCCGUGGAGAAUCUGCUGGUCGUGGGGUGUGAAAAUGAUUCGAUUUACGUUUGGGACAUUGAAACAGGAAGUCUAGAGCGCCAUGAAAGCGGGGAGACGGCCAAAGCGAUCCUCGUUUCCUGUGAAGAUUCUGGUCUUAUGGGCGACCCUCUUUAUGCAGCCUGGGAAGAAGAUGGCCAGGGAGAGAAAGGUCUGGGAGGCUCAUUGUCCAGCUCCUCGGCCUUUGGCAGUUUUUCCUGCAACAGGCUCGCUCAUCAAAGAAGGUCUUUUUGUCAUCAGUUAACUGCUCUCUGCUGGGCUCAGGGGCCUUUUGCUGUUUGGCCAUUGAGGGCAACAUGGGAGACCAUGAGUGUCAACAUGCUCCUUUUUGAUUUGGAGAAGCUGGUGGAAUUGCUCUGCUCCUCUCAGGCCAAUGGACUGAAGUCCUCCAAUUCCUUCAGCACCAUUGACACUUUAAAGAGAGCCAGAAGCGCAACAGAGAAAAGGACAUUAAUGUUAAAGAGAAACAGAACUUCCGGCUCCCUCUCUCCGCUGGAUGGGCAGGGCAGAGUGGCCAGUGAAGAACAAGGCUCUGGGGAGGUGCAUACAGGUGGAACCCAGGUGGAACCAAGUGAUGGUAUCAAAAGACGCAAGAAAGCCAAGAGUUCCAAGAAGACGAAAAGGCAGACCUCUAGAAAAACCAGCCCAACUGUUGCCACAGAGGCAGCCAAACUCCUUUUGUCCUGUUUCUUCCCCUGGGGUGUGAACAGAGAGUUGGACGGUCUUUGUGUUCAGUAUUUAGGUAUCUUGAGACUUUUCUCUCCUGUCUCCUUUGGACUGCUUUCAAAAAACAAUUAUCUUACUUUGAUGUUACCAGGAUGGAACAGUGCUAACCCUGAGAGGAUGGAAAAGCAGCAGGAGGUAGUCAAUCUGUUUUCUAGCAAAGUGCUGCAUUUACACAGUAAAUACUAUAGUGCAACCCAAGAGCAAGCAGGCAAGAAGAAUGGAUGGAGAAAUACUGUUACUUCUACAGAGCAAAGGCUGGUUUUGGCGUAUUUGUUGAGCAGGAUGUCUUUAGUUCAAAGGAUAAUUAACAGGCCUUCUGAAAAGACCAGCCUCAUGAAGCGCAACAAAUGGAGACCCGCAGCCUCUGUGGUCUUGGACGAUCUUAACCGGGAGUCUUCUCCAGGCAUGUUCAGGUUUCCUGUUUGUGAGGCAGAUAAUCGUUCAUUUGUCAAGUUAAUUUCUUGCUGGAGAGACCAAUCUGUAGAGGUGAUGGAAGCCACUCAGGCAACAUUGCUGGCCGAAGUGGAACAGAGCAUGCAGCAGAAGGCCUUGGCUGGAGGUUGUGGGCAGACAAAUUCUACCAGAUGGGGGUCAGAGCGGGCCAAGAACCCCCCUUCGCUGGAUGCAGCUUUCGGCACCAUAGGCAUGAUCAAGUGUGAGAACUGCAUAACCACACCAAAUGUCGAAGAUGGGGAAGGUUCUGCAGAGGAACUGGGGAUUCCAGGUGUAAGCAACCCACUUCCUUGGGUAUCCAAAUUGUGUUCCUGUAAGGUGUGUUAGAAGAGUGGUUGAAUUUUCCCAUGAGAAGAAUUGUUGCAGACAUAGAAGUGUCUCCAUUAUUCUUGGCUGAUGCUGGCUUGGGAAUAUCUUAUUAAUAACUGCGUAAGGUUAAAUUUUUAAUUUGUAGUAGUUUAUCAUUUGAUGGUCUUUAAAACAUUGCAAGUGAUUAAAAGCAGUGUAAAAAAUAAACAUAGUCAACAAAGG